AUGUACUCGAACUCGAACGCUUUCCUGGGCGGCAACAGCCAACGGCCCGGUGCACAGCAAUAUGGAAGCUCUUUUGGACAACAGCCGGGACAGCAGCAACCCAGUCCGUUUGCUCCUCAGCCCACGGGUUUCGGUCAAGCGCCGCUGCAACAGCAGUACACCGGUUUCCCGGGCGCAGCACCGCAGCAGCAACCUCAGCCGACUGGCUUUGGUCAAGGACUCCAACCUCAGCCGACCGGCUUUGGGCCAGGUCUUCAACCUCAGCAGACUGGCUUCGGUCAGCCCCAGCCCCAGCAGAGCUUCCAGACUGGCGCGCCGCCGAUGCCUUCAAUUCCCCCACAGUUCCAGCAGCAAUUCCAGCAACAGCAGCAACAGCAGCCGCAACAGCCUCAGCAGACUGGAUUUCCUGGCGUCCAACAGCAGCAGCCUCAGCAAACUGGAUUCCCCCAAGUUCAGCAACCGCAGCAGACUGGCUUCCCUCAGCCUCAGCAGCCCCAGCAGACCGGCUUUCCCGGCCAGCAAUCGUCGUCGGCUCCGUCUCCCGCUCCCAUCAAGCCGCAAGCUACGGGUUUCAGCCAGAUGGCCGCGUCGUUCCAGACCGGAGGUACACCAAAGCCUGCUGGCCGGCGUCCGAAGACCUCGAACAAGAUCCCCAACAUCCGGCUUUCUUUCAUCACUGCCCAAGAUCAGAACAAGUUCGAGACCCUCUUCAAGUCCGCUGUGGGCGAUGGCCAGGACAGCACUAUGUCCGGAGACAAGGCGAGGGACCUGUUGCUGAGGUCCCGACUUGACGGUGAUUCGCUGUCGCACAUCUGGACCCUCGCCGAUACGACUCGAUCUGGACAGCUUCACUUCCCUGAGUUCGCUCUGGCAAUGUACCUUUGCAACUUGAAGCUUACUGGAAAGUCCCUGCCUUCCACGCUCCCCGACAACAUCAAGAAUGAGGUUUCCAGUAUGGUGGACAUCAUCAACUUCAGCAUCGCUGAGGAUGCGGGUCGCACUACUCCUGGAAGCACAGCCACUGGAAGAUCGAGCACCGAACCUACGAUUCACCAGCCGCAACCUCAAGCGUCAAACUCCCAGUUGUUGCAGGCACAGAUGACCGGGUUUCCUGGCCAGCAGCAGCCUCAACCAACGGGCUUCGGACAAGGGCUUCAACCUCAGCAGACUGGCUUCCCCGGCGUCAACCCGCAGCCGACUGGAUACACGGGCCCUCGCCCACCCAUGCCCCCGAUGCCCACUGGAUUCGGCGGAGGACCUAUGGCGGCACCCCUGAAUGCUCAGCCGACUGGUCGACCUGGCCAGUGGGGUCUCGUGAACACACCUGCCACUGGUUUGCCGAACAUCGAUCUUCUGCAAGCCCGUAUGAUGCCGCAACAGGGCCGUGAACAGCAGAACUUCACCACUCAGGGUCUCCAAGGCAACGCUGUCAUUCCCUGGGCGAUUACGAAGGACGAGAAGCAGCGUUACGACGCACUUUUCAAGGCUUGGGAUGGUCUGCACAAGGGUUACAUUGGUGGCGACGCAGCUAUCGAAAUCUUUGGCCAGAGUGGUCUUGAAAAGCCAGACCUUGAACGCGUUUGGACACUCGCUGACAACGGCAACAAGGGACGCCUGAACUUGGACGAGUUUGCGGUUGCCAUGCACUUGAUCUACCGAAAGCUCAACGGCUACCCGCUUCCCAACAGCUUGCCGCCUGAGCUGGUUCCUCCCUCUACGAGAAACAUCAAUGAAUCCAUUGGCACUAUUAGGUCCAUGCUCAGCCAAGAGUCCGAGUUCCGCAACAAGUCUGGCGCAGCUCUCCUUCCUCAGAAGACUGGAGUCAGCUACAUGAAGAGCCACUCGCUCAGAGGUACUCCCCAGGGCUUCAACAGUGGACGUAAGGAUGCCACCGUGUUUAAGAACAACGAUGACCAGGUCGGCUACAAGUCCAGUGCCCGCCGCCGUGUUGGCAACAACUCUCCCCGCCCCGAGUCUCCUGUGACUACGUCAUACGACGACCUUGGUCUCGAACAACUCAGAAAGAAGAUCCGGGAGAAGGAAGUGCUCAUUGACGCUAUGGACUUUGCGGACGAGAAGAGCCUGGAAGAGGAUGAUAUGCUUGAUAGACGCGACCGCCGCGAGGCUGAGGAGCUGUACCGCCGUAUUCGCCGUGUCCAGGACGAUAUCGACUCGCAUCCCGACGCUGCGCUUGUCAGUGGAGAUUCAGACGCCGAAAGACGUGCUUUGAAGCGCCAGCUCCAGACCCUCCAGGACAAGGUUCCCGAGCUGGCCUCUGCAGUUCGCAAGACCGAGAAGGCCAUUGCCGAUGCUAGACUUGAACUCUUUAGGCUCAAGGAUGCCAAGGCCCAUCCCGGCAGUGCUUCUGCCAUUGUUGGCACUGGACCUGGCGGUGUCGUCACUGAGUCUGACAGGCUCAAGGCCAGAGCCAAGGCUAUGAUGCAGCAGCGCACGGCGGCUCUGACCGGCAAGAAGGUUGAAUCCAGUUUCGACGACCUUGAAGGACCCAAGCGCCUGGAAGAGGAGACCCUCAAGGUCAAGACUGAGAAGGAGAACAACGAGAGCAUGGUUAGAGAUGUCGAGGACUCCGUGCGUGACUUCGCCCGCGGCAUUGAGGAUAGCUUGAAAGAAGGUGGUGAGACGUCUACCAACGAACACGAGAAGCGACGCUGGGAUGACGCCCUUGGCGUCGAGGAUGAGGUUAGAGAUUUCAUCUUUGACCUACAGCGAUCCAGCCGUGCCGCCCGCGUUCGUGCUCAGGACAAGCGUAGCACGUCUAGGUCUCCCUCCGCCGCUCGAGCUAGCCCAGCCCCUGCUGCUCGCCACGAGAGUCCCGCUCCCCCCUCGCGUACUGCCACUCCAUCAAGCGCCGGCGGAGGCUCCUACUCGUCUUACAAGACUCCCGAGGAGCGUGCAGCUUUUAUCAAGCAACAAGCUGAGCAGCGCAUGGCUGAGAGACUUGCUGCUUUGGGCAUCAAGGCUCCCAGUAAGCCUGGUGAGACGGCUGCCCAGAGAAUGGAGCGUGAAAGAGCCGAACGUGCUGCUAAGCUGCGCCAGGCCGAGGAGGAGGAUGAACGCCGCGAAGCUGAGCGCCAGGCUCGUCUUGCGGAAGAAACGGGUGCCCCUGCACCGGCCUCGAGCGGCGCUAAGAAGCCUCCCCCACCGCCAUCAAGGAAGGGCGGCAAGAACGAUGCCGCAGACCGAGAGGCUGCUCGCAAGGCUGAGGAGGAGCAAGCUGCUAAGCAUGCAGAGGAGGAGCGCCUCGCUAGAGAGCACGAAGCGCAGCAGCGUGCUACUCAGGAGAUGGAGGCAAACGCAAGAGAGGCAGAGAACGAGAUCGAGAAUGAGCGUUCUGCCGCGGAAGCCCGUCUCAAGGCACUCGAGGAACAAGUCAAGGCCGGCAAGCUUAAGAAGGAGGAGGAGAAGCGCAAGAAGAAGGCCGCACUCGCCGAAGCCAAGGAGAAGGAGUCUAAGCUCGCUGCCCAGAGAGCAGAGAUCGAGGCUGCUCGUCAGCGCGAGUUGGAGCUCCAACGCCAGCUCGAAGCUUUGAACGACGAUGAUGACUCCUCGGACGACGAAGACGGUGCUGCUCAGAUUACACCUCAGGCCUCGACACCUACUCAGGGCGGCAGCCAGAUCAGCAGCCAAGAACUUGAGAAGCAACCCUCGCCGCCUCCUGUCCCGACCGUGGUUACAAGCCCGCCGACAGAAAACGAGAGCCGCAACCCCUACUACCGUAUGCUCUCACACUCCUCCGAAUCGACGUCCGGUCCUAACGAACAACCAGCACCCGCGGCCGCGCCUCCCCCGCCCCCUCAACCUGAAGUGUCAACCAACCCGUUCUACCGCAUGACACAAGAAAGCAAGGCUGCACCUGCGGCAGCCGCUCCUCCCCCUCCCUCUGGGCCCUUCUCUCGCAAGCGUCCUGACGAAGACGAUGACGGCUGGGGCACGGAUAAGGAUGAAGAUGAGGACUCUGACGACGAUGACCGUCCGGGUGGUAGCAGCGCCGCGGCCCUGGCCUCCAUCUUGUUUGGCACCAUGGCACCGCCGCGACCUCUGUCAGCUGCUGGCGACAAGCCGACUUCCAAUCCUGUCAGCCCGGCCAUCGGCAGUGCAUCUCCGGCGUCUCCCUCGCCACCUCCUCCUAUGCCCAGUUCUGGUGCCCCACCUCCACCUCCCGGCCCGGCGCCCGAGGCCCCGUCGGCGCCGCCGCCGCCUCCCAUGCCUACUACGGCCGCACCGGGCGGUCCUCCUCCCCCGCCGCCGCCUCCACCAGGCAUGGGAGCCCCGCCACCACCUCCUCCUCCCCCAAUGGAUGAUGCCCCGGCUGGCCCACCGGCAGGCGGCAGACCCUCGGGUUUCCUGAGCGAGAUUCAGAUGGGUAGAUCGUUGAAGAAGACUGAGACGCGCGAUAAGAGCGGCGCCGCGACUGCUGGCCUCCUGUACAGCUUGUACGUGUACGCCCCGAACAAAUGGGCCCCCUUCAUCUUCAUCGCCCUAUACGGCAUCUCGGCCGUCUUCCACAUCUGGCAGUGUUACCGCUAUAAGGCUUUCAAACUCAUCGGCCUACACCCCGUCUGCGCCGUCCUCUUCACAGCCGGCUACUCCCUGCGCCUGUAUGGGUCCUACAACUACAUCUACAGCGAGACCACCAAGACGCCCCUGAUGGUCUUCAUCUUCAGCCAAGUCUUCAUCUACGUCUGUCCUCCUCUUCUCGAACUCGCAAACUACCACGUCCUCGGCCGCAUCUUCUACUACGUCCCGCACUGCGCGCCCCUCCCGCCGGGCAGGGUGCUCGCCAUAUUCGGCGGCCUCAUGGCCGUCGUCGAGCUCCUCAACGCCCUCGGCGUCGCCCUCGCCUCCAACCCCUCCGGCACCAACCAGGACCUCGGCAGCCACCUGACGGUAGCGGCCAUCGGGAUCCAGCUCGUCCUCAUCGUCGUCUUCGUCUGCCUCGCGGUCCUCUUCCACCGGCGCGUUUCCACAGCCGGGAUCCGCUCCCGCGCCGUGGCGACCAUGCUCCUCGCGCUCUACGCCAGCAUGGCCCUCAUCUUCGUCCGCUGCGUGUACCGGCUCGUGGAGCACACGGGCAGCACCGAGGUCGACCUCGACGACAUGGAGGUCCUGAGGGGCCUGAGCCCGAUUCUGAGAUACGAGGUGUACUUUUACGUCUUCGAGGCCGCGCUGAUGCUCGUCAACUCGCUCAUCUGGAACGUGUGGCAUCCCGGGCGUUUCCUGCCCAGGGGUCACCACGUCUACCUCGCGCCGGACGGCGUCGAGGUCGUGGGCGAGAAGGAUGUUGAUGCGCGGCCUGUUUGGGCCAAGGUUUGCAAUGUUCUUACGACCGAGGUCUGCGCUUUGCCUCAAGCCGCGGAAUACUUCAACUCGUGCAUCUAUCACGACUUAGUCCCGAUCCACGAACUCGGGCAUAACCCCCACGUUUACCCUCUCACGGAACGUCAUCUCCGUGUCGGGGCCGCGGCGCCCGAGUAUCUACGCUUCGGCAUGGUCUGCAUGACCUUGAGCCACCGCAUCAACAGGACCAGGAGCGGCAACCGGGCCAGCAAGGCGUUGUCGGAGAGGUUCUACACCUACUGGGGUCUCGCCGUCCGGUCUCUGGGAGAACACCUGAACUCCGGAGACGAUUCUACGGGAGACGUUGUGAUUGCUGGGAUAUUGACGCUCUUGCUGGCCGAUGUUCAAAACGGCACGUCCCUCAACUGGCGAUGCCACAUGGAGGGCGUCCACAAAAUUAUCUCCCUCCGGGGCGGCUUCGGCGCCGUGGCUGGGUCGAGGAGGUUGGAGCCGCUGCUUCUCGUCCUCUGGUCCGUCGCCGUGAUCGGGAACACGACAUGUCCCGCGUCAGACCUUACCAUGACGGUUGUCCAGCUCGACGCCCUGGAGCUCAUCAUGGAGCACUUCGCCACGUCGGCUUCCCCGUUCCAUAUGUGUCCUCUGCCGCUGUUCGGGGAGAUCAUCAGGAUAAACCAUCUCCGGGCCAGAGCUCAGAGCUCCGGAGCCGAGGGUCUGUCGAGCGAGGCAUGGAAGAUCCUGGAUCGCGUCUGCGGCUUCUUGGUUGAAGACUGGGCGGAGCGCAAAUCUCGUUUCAAUCCCUCGUCUAAACAGGACUGGAUGGUCUUGGGCAGCAUCCAUCAGUCCGCCGUCGUCAUAUACUGCAUCCUCUCGCUCCAAAGCCUCGCCGUCCUCCCCUCGAACGCCGCUCUGAGAAGCCUCUGCGCCGCCCACGGCCGGGCAUUGCGAAACGGCCUGGAAGAAGCAGUCUCGUCCCCGAAGAUGAAGCGGUUCACGAUCUGGCCCCUGGCCGUGCUCGGCGUGGCAGCCGUCCACGAGGCGGCGCUGCGCGGGUUUGUCGCGAGCCGGCUGCCCGGUCUGAGCAGAGACCUGGGGACAUGCGUGCCGUUGACGGCGCAGUGUGUGUUGGAGAGGUUUUGGAGCUCUGGGAAGACGAGGUGGGACGCGUGUUUUGAGAGGGCGUAUGUUUUUACCGGGCAGCUUGCUGUUGAUACGAGCCGGUUGUCCGCUUAUGAUGAGGUUUGA